ACUCCUGCCGCCUGGGUGCCUGUGUGUGUGUGGUUUCUCUCUCCCCUGUAAGAACACAGUUGCCUGCCUGUCUCCUGCUGUCGCCGUUCCUCUGACUAGCUUUUUGCUGCCUCUUCCCUCUCCUUCUCUUUCUGCUUAGCUCCUUGUCUUCUGAUAUUACUUCCAGUAUGGAGAUGAAUCAAUCUGUACAGCUCUCAGGAGAACCCCAGUCAACACCUCCAGGGGACAGUUCAUCAUUACCCAGUCAAAAUGGCUUGGAGAAGCAAGAUAAGGAUUCCUUAACCCCACUCCAAGCACCAGAGGGGAAGACAGAUGUGCAGUCUGAACAGGGAGCUCAUGAUAUCUCUGAGGAGUUGAAUCGACAACUGGAAGACAUCAUUAAUACCUAUGGGUCUGCUACUGAAAAAGAGGGUUCCAUCCAGGCAAAGGAGCAACCUGAGAACAUAGAACCAGCCGACAAUGAGGAUGGGGACUUCGAUGAGGCCACUGAAGAGAUGGAGAGAGAACCCAUGGCUUCUGGAGAGCCAGCCACAGCCAAAGAUCCUGUCAGCAAUAAAGAGCAAAAAUUGGAAAAGAAAAUCCUAAAAGGAUUAGGCAAAGAAGCCAACCUGCUAAUGCAAAAUCUGAAGAAGUUGCAAACACCUGAAGAAAAACUUGAUUUUUUAUUCAAGAAGUACGCUGAAUUGCUGGACGAGCAUCGCACUGAGCAAAAAAAGUUAAAGCUCUUACAAAAGAAACAGGUACAAAUUCAAAAAGAAAAGGACCAGUUACAAAGCGAACACAGCAGAGCUAUCCUCGCUCGAAGCAAACUGGAGAGUCUAUGCCGGGAGUUGCAGAGACACAACAAGAACCUGAAGGAGGAAACCCUUCAGCGGGCACGAGAGGAAGAAGAGAAAAGGAAGGAGAUCACAAGUCAUUUCCAGACCACUCUGACAGAUAUCCAGGGCCAGAUUGAACAGCAGAGUGAGCGAAAUAUGAAGCUGUGUCAGGAGAACACAGAGCUUGCAGAGAAACUGAAAAGCAUCAUUGAUCAAUAUGAGCUCAGAGAGGAGCAUCUGGACAAAAUAUUUAAACACAGAGAACUGCAGCAGAAGCUGGUGGAUGCAAAACUGGAACAGGCCCAAGAAAUGAUGAAGGAAGCUGAGGAGCAACACAAACGCGAGAAGGAAUAUUUGCUGAACCAGGCAGCAGAGUGGAAACUUCAGGCCAAAGUGCUGAAGGAACAAGAGACAGUCCUGCAGGCUCAGCUGACUCUCUACUCUGGAAGGUUUGAAGAGUUCCAGAACACACUAACAAAAAGCAAUGAGGUGUUUGCCACUUUCAAACAGGAAAUGGAUAAAACAACUAAGAAAAUGAAGAAGUUAGAGAAGGACACAGCCACGUGGAAAGCCCGGUUUGAGAACUGCAACAAAGCUCUGCUAGACAUGAUUGAAGAGAAAGCACUGAGAGCUAAAGAAUAUGAGUGCUUCGUCAUGAAAAUCGGGAGGCUGGAGAACCUCUGUCGAGCUUUACAAGAAGAGAGAAAUGAACUCUACAAGAAAAUUAGAGACGCCAAAAAGCCUGAAAAGGAUGACCAAGGUCAGCACACCUCCGAUGAAGAGCCCGAGUCCUCUGUGUCUGAGGGGGUGGGGGUUGAUACAGAGGAAGCCAAGAGUGUUCAAAGUGCUGUGAAAAAUCUGGCCACAGCCUUCAUGGUCAUUCAUCAUCCAGAGUUGACCCUUGACCAGGCCAAAGAAAUCCAACCAGAAUUCAGCAGUCCUCAAGGGAGUGGUGACUCGGCCCUCAAGGAGCUGGAACAAUCCCCUCUGAGCCCUUUAUGCCAUUCAGAGAGUUCCCUGCCUCCCCCAGCUCCUCAGGCAGAAGCCAAAGGAGGCCAUGAGGCAGAACUGCCCCCCAGGCCCGGGAAUCCUCCCAUGGGGUCAGGAGCAGAGGCCCAAGACCAGGGUCUCCUUGCAACAGCCCAGACUGAUCAGCUACCCCAGAAGUCAGAGGCAGAAGCUUCCAGUCAGGCCCCGCAGUCCCCAGCCGAGGCUUUGCUACCAGCGAUGGAGGCAAAUGGCCCCACUCCACCCCCCUCGGCAGAUGAGCAGAUUUCAGCUGGGGUGCUUGGAUGUGGCCCCAGUAGGGAGCUGCCCCCACUGGAAGCAGCAGCAGAGGGGCUGCCAGCAGGGGCCUCAGUGGGGCCCCAGCGGCCCCAAGUGAGUGACACCAACCUGGAAGGAGUAGACUAAGCCUCAUGGUGCCUUCCAAAGCUGUUCUCCCUGACGUUACGUCUUCAUCAUAAUAGACUGUCUUCUGAAAAGGCAUUAAGGGCUAGGGAUGUCUAAGGGAAGAAACUUAAUCAGAAUCAAGACAUUUUCAAAUGUUAUGCAGAGCACAUUUGGCCUAUGUUAUUUGUUCUCAAUUUAUAACUGAUUUGGAGAUUUUCUAUUUAACACUGGUUGAUAGUAUAAUUUUCCCAAAUGGCCACAAAAUAUACAAAUAGAAAAUUCAUAUUAGUUUUC